AUGGACACCGACAAGGCCAUGGAUGACGCCGACGGCCACAUCUACACCACCACCAUCUUCAUGCAUGGAGAACGUGAAGCGAAGACUGAAGACGACGACCACAUCAGCUUAAUCGGAGGUACUCUGGUGGUCAGGAUGAUCACGGACGGCAUCCUCAGGGUGAAGACCUGCGUGCUGAAGGUGGGGAUCCACUGUGAUGGCUGCGCGAAGAAGGUUACAAAGGUCCUCAACAAGAUUGAAGGUGUGUACCUAAUCAGCAUAGAGAAGCUGGAGGGGAAGGUGACGGUGACCGGUCAGAUGGAUCUGGACACUGUCUUCGUGAAGCUGAAAAAGGCCGGCAAGCCCGCGCGGCUGUGGGGCGCCACCGCCAACCCUGGAGUGCCAAGCCAGGGCCAACAGCUCCAGCUCGGCGGCGGCGGCGAGGACCAGCUGCCCAAGGGUGGAGCGGGUGCUGCAAGCAGCAGCAGCGGUGGAGGAAUGGCGAUGCGGCAACCGACUCCGGAGCAGCUUCGCGAGCAGCUGCAUCAGCAGCUGAUGCAGGCGGGGAUUAACCAUCCUCCUCAGCUUAUGGGCAUGGGCGGCAAGAUGCCGCUCCCGGCGGCUGUCCCGCCGGCGAACCUCCCCAAGGCCGUCAGGUUCAACGUUCCCAACGACGGCGGCGACUCCGGCGAUGAGGCCGUCGACGAAGAGGAUUUCGAGGAUGACGGCGCCGACGACGACACUACUAAGAUGAUGAAGCGUAUGGCCAUGCCGCCGGCCGCCGGUGGGGCCGGAGGCAGCGGUGUCAAGAAAGGCGGCAUCGGCAACGUGAUGCCGGUGCAGAUCAAGGGAGGCGCCGGCGGCAGCGGCAAGAACGGCAAGAGCGGCGCCCUAGUCGGUGGGAACCUGCAGCCCGGACAGGGCAGGAAGGCCUCCGGCGCCGGUGGCCCGAUGAUGGGCAUGGACGGCAUGGCGCCGCCUCAGCCGCAGGCGGCCAUGACGACGAGGCCGCCGAACAUGAUGGGCGGCGCCGCCGGCUACCCCGGUGCGGGAGGACAGAUGGGCGGCAUGCCGAUGGGGCACCCCCACAUGGCUGCCAAGGGCAUGCAGCCGGGGGGUGUCAACGGCAUGCAGCCGGGAGGUGUCGCCGGCGGCAUGCCGGUGGGCCACCCCAAGAUGUCUGGCAACGGCAUGAAGCCGGGAGCGGGAGGUAGCGCCGGCAUGCAGGCCGGCGGCAAGCCGAUGGGCUACCACGCCCACAUCGGUGGCAACAGCAACGGCAUGCAGCCGGGCGGUGGCGGCGCCGGCACCACGCUUGCGCCUGGAUUCUACCAUGCCGGUCAUGCCGGCGGCGGCAGCUAUGGCGGCGGCAUGCCUUACGGGUCGGAGAUGAUGCAGGCGGCGGGGAACCAGCAUGUCUAUGGCGGCGGCAGCGGCGGCGGCGGGUACAUGCCCAUGAUGCAGCAGCAACAGCCACAGAUGAUGAUGAACGGCGGCGGCUAUGGCUCCCAGGGCUGCUACGGCGGCGACUAUGGCUCCCAGGGCUACUACGGCGGCGACCAUGUCCAUGGCGGCGGCGGGUACUACCAGCAGCAGCAGAUGGGGUACGGGAGCAGCAACAGCUACGGGUACGGGUACGGCGGGCAGCAGCAGCAGCUGCCCUACCCGUCCUACUACCCGCGCCACCCGCAUGACAACAUGUUCAGCGACGAGAACCCCAACAGCUACUGCUCGGUGAUGUGA